AUGUAUAUUCGCAUGGGCCGCGUGGUCAAGAUACGAGACACAAGCCAUAUCGUCGACCGUCUCGACCACAUCUCGAUACGCGACCUUAUGGCACAUCUCCCCAACAUCCAACAGCAGGUUCAUACCAUGCAUCCCCACCACCAGGCUCACCUUACUCUGGACGAGGUGGAUGGAACGGACCCCCAGGACAUUCUGGAUCGGGGCCCUGGUACCCAUCCCUAUCAAUCUGGACACCCACAGCGUGACGCAAAGGGUCACUUCAAUAACCUUCAAUGGACUGCCCCGGGGGCUAGAGGCCGUGGAGGACAGCAUACCCCUCACCAGGCACACAGUCAUGGAUCACAGACGCCCAAUCGACCACGUUCCAUAAAUGACCCUCAAUCCCCCCGAGGCGAGAACGGGGAUCAUAUCCGACCUUCCAGCAGAGAUUACCAUGGUGAUAAUCAGACACAGCCCGCACCGGAAAGCCAGAAUGGCCCAUCUAUGCAACAGCCACUCGACGAACCCAAUGAUUCAACACCGAACAGAGGUGGGAAAUUCAGUUUUGCUUUCAAAUCCAAGGCUGCACCCUCACCGGCCCCGAAGCCUGUACCUGAUCUUGCCCAACGCAUGAAAGUUCGCGAGCCGGCUCCUCGUGCACCUGAGCCGCCACAGCCUCGCAACAGGCUGACCAAUGGACCGCUACCUAGGUUCAAACCAGAACCAAGACAUGAUCGCCGUGACCGGGGUGGACGUGAUCGCGGCCGGGAUCGCAGAGACUUCCGUGAACACAGAGAUUUCCGUGACCCGCGAGACCGAAGAGAUGACCGCCGAUUUGAUCAGCGCCGUGACAGACGACCAGGAGACCGCGCUCCUGGACCAGAUCGCCGUCGCGAGGCGUCUCCAGCGCCAGCAAGAGAGCCACCCAAGCAGAAGCGAAUCCUCACUCGCCCCAAGCUUCCACCUACAAUCCCCCAGGAGUUUGCCGAGUCUGAUUCUGUUUACUUCCGAAAGCCGGGCAAUGAGUCCGUCAUUGGCGCUGGUACCUAUGGCAAAGUUUUCAAGGGAAUUCAUGUCUAUACCCAGCGGCAAGUCGCACUGAAAAAAAUACGAAUGGAAGGCGAAAAAGAUGGUUUCCCUGUUACAGCGGUGCGAGAGAUCAAGUUGCUACAACAUCUCCGGAACCACAACGUUGUCAACCUCCUCGAGGUUAUGGUCGAAAAGAACGAAUGCUUCAUGGUCUUUGAAUAUCUAUCUCACGAUCUGACUGGUCUGAUCAACCACCCUACUUUCUCCCUCACCCACUCCCACAAGAAGGAUCUGGCCAAACAGAUGUUCGAAGGUCUAAACUACCUCCAUCACCGUGGUGUCCUCCACCGAGAUAUCAAAGCAGCCAACAUCCUGAUCAGCAAUCGGGGGUUGCUGAAGUUUGCCGACUUUGGUCUGGCCCGAUUCUUCUCCAAAAGUCGCCAACUCGACUACACCAACCGCGUCAUCACCAUCUGGUACCGUCCUCCUGAACUUCUUCUUGGUGAGACCCGAUACGGCCCAGCCGUCGAUGUAUGGAGUGCUGCAUGCGUCUGCAUGGAGAUGUUCACCAAAAAGGCUGUGUUCCCUGGCGAAGGCGGCGAACUCAGCCAGAUGGACAAACUCUACAACCUUUUGGGUACUCCCAGUAAGGCUGAAUGGCCAGAUCUCGUAGAGAUGCCAUGGUUCCACCUCAUGCGGCCAGCCGAGCGCAAGAAGCGCAUCUUCGAGAAUGUCUACCGUGAUGUACUGACAUCCGGUGCGAUGGACCUCAUCUCUUCCGUCUUUCACUAUGAUCCCGCUAAGCGGCCAAGCGCCGAAGAAGUCCUCCAACAUCCUUACUUCCUAUCGGAGGAACCAACCCCUCACCCACCCAUCGAAUUGGAGCAUGUCGAAGGAGACUGGCACGAGUUCGAAUCCAAGGCUCUCCGCAAGGAAGCUCGCCGGAUGGAAAUGCAGAACCAAAAGGACCGCGACAAACGCAAGACUGAAGCCUCGGUGACGAGCAGUGAUCGGGACCCCAAGCGCACGAAACAGGACACCAGUGGUCAUGGUUCGUCGCACGGGUGA